GCCUGGACGUCUCUGCGCCUGCGCACCAGCGCCGUGAGGCGGCUGGAAACCCGGCCCGGGGGGAGGGGGGCGGAGGUCAGGCCGAACCUUCCUCCGUAAUAAGAAGCGACGCAGGCCCGCGGUCCUGGCUCCGAGGGGCCGGUGGGAUCGGUCCUGGGCGCUGGAGCUGCUGUGGCUCCCGCCGCGGCGGGUGCGAUGGAGGCCGUGCCGGAGCCCAGUACUCAGGCCGGGGGAGGACGCGCCAGCGCACGGUGCUGGUAGAUGAGGCGGCGGAGGUGGCGGUGUCAGCCCGGGCUCUCCAUGAGCAAGCGGCGGCGGCGACGGGUGCGGCGGCACCGGCGGUUAUCGGUCCCCGGGGAGGAUGAAGACACUGUUUGAAGAGAUCAAAGCAUCAAUUAGAAAUAAUUAUAACCAAGAUCGAUCAUUUUGGAGGCCUGUUCUUCCUUGGGGAGGUGUUUUUACUAUCAAAGCUGGCCGCAAAGCAGUAUCCUGUACACCACUGUAUGUUGAAAUAAGACUGAAAAAUACCUGCACCAUAGAUGGAUUUCUGAUGUUGUUGUAUGUCAUUCUGAAUGAAAAUGAAAAUUUCCCCAGGGAACUCUCUCUUCAUCUCGGUAGAGAGUUUGUAGACUGUUUUCUUCACUUAAUGGACACCUACAGCUUUACAACUGUGAAGCUACUUUGGAUUUGGGACAAGAUGGAAAAACAGCAAUACAAAUCUGAAGUUCACAAAGCAUCAUUAAUAAUUGAUUUAUUUGGGAAUGAGCAUGAUAACUUUACCAAAAAUCUGGAAAACCUUAUGUCUACCAUUCAAGAGAGUUACUGUUCCAACUGGCGAUGCCCAACUCGAGUGCAAGAAGAUCAGCAGCGCACAAUCAACAUAAAUCCUCCCCAAGAAAUUCCACAUGGAAACUUAAUACGACUGGCUGUAGAUGAACUAUUCUGUUCCAAGAUUGAACUGUGUGAAGAGCGUGGUUGUGGUGGCUUAAGAGAAUUUGCCCAGCGAAUUUUCUGUCAUGGGGCACCCCCUUUUGUUGUCUUAAAUAUGCAGCACUGGAAAUCUGAAGAUCUGGCAUAUGUACCCUAUUACUUGGAUUUAUCUGAUCACAAAUAUUUAUUGGAAGGCGCAACAUUAUUUAACAAAGAUGAACAUCAUUAUUCUGCAGCUUUCCAGAUUGAUGGACAUUGGAUGCAUUAUGAUGGCCUCAGAAAUGUGAAUUUAAUUUUGUUAAAUAAACCCCCAGAGUUUCUCCUCUUGUCAUCAUUGGUUUAUAUUCGAGCAGCAGAGAAAUAAAUAUAGACUGAUGCUAAAUUAAAUUGUUUUCCCUCCUACCCAUGCUCCUCCAGAUCUGAAGGGCUUUUAUUUUAUGUACACUUGGUAUCCAAGGAAAUAGUUUAACUAUACUAGUUUCAGAGCUGUAUUUUCCAGUGUUUGACUCCAGGAAAAAAAAUUACAUAGAGGAUCUAUGCAAAAAUAUUUGUAUUUCUUUUUUAUAUAACCUGGGUUAUUUUUAUAUAAACAUAUUUUAUGUUAAUAAAAUAUAUCUUGUG